AUGGCCGAACGUCCACCCUUAAUCACCCCUACAUUUUGCGAUCUACCGACCCAGAGACUCUAUGUAGUCUCUUCAUUCAUCCUCAUCCAAGCUUACAAAUUGAUCCAGUUUCUCGAUGUGAUUUGGUCGGGUUCAAUCAACGAGAGAAGAAGAUUAUGGGUCUACUGGAGCUUCAUUGAUGCCUUUUUGAUCGGCUUCUUGAUACCUUUUCUUCGGAUACCUCGUCUAAGAUACAAUAUCAUCCAGAGAUCGCUGAUCAUCAGCUCACUCGUAUUCGUAAAUUGGUUGUUUGUCGGUAACUGGCAUCUCCAGUUUGGCUUUCUAUGGGCCAUUCUUCCGAGGUCGAUCAAAAAUUUAUUCAACUAUCAAACAGCGAUCAUGGAAUACAAGGUCCGACUGAAUGACGUCAUUAGCCCAUCUUCUCACAUACUUGGAAAGCACACUAUUCACAUUCUGCCCCAUAGCACGGCAAAACUAAAUCCUUCAAGCCAAUGCUUUUGUUUAUCAGCUGCAGUCCGGUCCGCCUUUGUUUCGAUUCCGAUCCUCUUCAACAACUCAAUCCCCCAUCUACUUCAGUAUUCAGUCAUGAACUUUACAACCGGUGAAAAAUCGUUGAGAAAUGUGACCCAUGCUCAACUGCAACCACUUACGAAGCAGAAGAACCCUCAAAAAAGUCUUGAAGAUUGGUUGGAAGAUGAAGAAGGUGACUUACCUCUCAAUAAUGACAAUCAGGCUCAGUCGAACCAAAAUUCUCGCUCGAGACCGCAACAGUCAAUAUCUUCAGGCGAGCUCAAAUUGAGUCCAACCCAGCACCUUUACAAUCUAGAUAUAAAUAACAUCGGUGUUAUACGACUAGAAAGAGUUCUCGACAAGGAGAACAUGGACAUUCGCAUAGCGCGCACUGAAGCGUUGGUUGUGGAAUGUCCUCGUGCCAGUUUCGCGAUAGAUCCCGCCGCUAGUAGCGAGAAGAAGUUCACACCAUGGCCGUCUGCAACCGGAUCAAAAGAGGACCAUAAGUGUAUUGGUGAUACCGAAAACUUUGGGCUGGUGGUCAAGGGCCUUGCUCCAUUAUCCUUAACAUAUCAGCAGAUCGUCAACGGACAGCGGAAACUGGUCAAAUUAGAGGGUAUCACCUCUGGUGAAUUUUUUACCCCAUUAACUUCGAUCGAUACCUCUACGCUGGCCGAGAAGUUAUCGAUCUCCAAUCGUCCUGAAUACACUUGGGCUGAAAGUCACUCAAUCGAAAUCCCCUUGAACGUCAGCUUGACGACACCGGGUCAACAUACUUAUCAACUCGACAGCUUGAAGGACGCAUGUGGACAUCGGUUUGAUUUUGAAAAAGUACGAGAAGCCUCUUCGAUGUUUGCGCGGCAAGAAUAUAUCGAUUCCAAAAGCGUAAAAGUGCACUCGAGAGGCCAAAUUAGUUUUAUCGACUGUGGCAACACAGACGAUGAGCCUUUGCGAUUGCUACAAGGAAAAAGUGUUUCUCUAAGAAUGGCGAUCCAGCAACAAAGCGAUAUGCCCGAUCCACCGUGGAAGGUGGGAAUUUCUUACCAGCCUAGCAAAUCAUCCACCCUCUCGGGAACAAAACCUCCGAGCGCUUGGAUGAAAGAGCUGACUUUCAAUGACCGAGAGCAAACGUUUUCGGCAAGGGAAGCUGGUGUGUACGAAAUCGUUUCUUUACAAGGAAAGUAUUGUCAGGGCGACAUGCUAGUUCCUUCCAUAUGUUCAGUUAUCGAACAACCGACUCCAACGAUUGAUCUAAAUUUCACGUCGAUUACCGAUAAGUGCUCCGGAGAGAUCGGACUUCAAGCAAAUUUUCUCUUAACAGGAAAACCGCCGUUUAAGCUCCAUUAUCUUAUAUCUCAAGUGGGAAGACAACCACAAGCGAAGGUCAAAGUUGUCCAACACAGCCGGGAUGAACUUCUUAUCCAGCCAGACUCGCCUGGACAGUUUGAAUACAGCUUUAUUCGCUUAGAUGACCAGUAUUACCAAGGCGUUGAAAUUGUUGGGAAGACGAUUAAGCAAACCGUCCACCCGCUCGCUCAUGCACGAUUCGUCCGAGGAGGCAAGGAUGAGAACAUAUGGAGCUGUAGUGGCGAAAGCGUCGAGGCGCACAUUGAGCUUAGAGGUGCCCCGCCAUACAGCGUUGCUUAUCAGAUCUUGGGAGAGGAGCCGAAAGUCAUUGGUGGAAUUUCAACAAGUUAUGCUACUUUAGACAUUGCGAUCCCCCAGAGAUACAUCAAAAAAGGCGGGAGCUUCAUCGUCACACUCAUUAGUAUCACAGACGGGAACGGAUGCUUGAGGAACUUGACUGUGUCAGAUUUGAACAUUGAAGUCCAUCGCACAAAGCCGACAUUGAAAUUUUACGGUUCUGAGAACGAGCGAAAGAUUGUGGCGCGUGAGGGCGAUAUGGUCGGUUUUCCUAUGCGCCUUACUGGGAAUGGACCUUGGACGAUUGAAUACAUCCAUAAUGACUCGAAUCGACCGAUCACCAAAGUGGUUCACGGCUCAAACGACGACCUCCUUGUGGAUCGAGCUGGUAAAUAUACGCUCACAAGCGUUCAUGAUCGACAUUGCCCCGGUACAGUCGAGAACCCAACCUUUUAUUUGGAGUGGAUACCCAAACCCAGUUUGAUGAUCUCUCCUCACAACUCUGGUGACCUUAUUCGUGGUGUUUGGAUAAAACCGGCAGUCUGUGAAAUGUCAGAUGACAGCAUAGAAUUGUCACUUGAAGGAACGCCUCCUUUUUCUGUCAACUAUUCGGUGCUUCGCAAGCCUCUCGGAAGAGGUGAAAAAGCCGUGCAGCAGUCUAAAACGAUUCAAAUCCUGAAGGCUAGUGGCACACUCCCGAUGCAGACAUUGGAACCCGGUCAAUACGUCUAUACAAUUCAUAGUUUGAACGAUCACAUUUACAACACACCAAGCUCGUCUGGCCUAUUGAAUUCACAAAGGAGUGGAGACAUUCAGCUGCAACAAGAAGUUCUUGCUUCGCCACAAGGCCUUCUCAACAUUUUACCCCGGACGACUUACUGCGUCGAAGAAAGCUUGUCGGCACAGGCCAACAAGGGUGUUAAGAUUGAGUUGACGGGUAAAGCACCAUUUCAAGUAGAGAUUGAAGUGAAAAACCAAGCGACUCAAAUUUCAGAAAACUUCAAGCUUCAGUUAGAAUCCAAAUCGAGCCUGUUGGAUUUGCCUUACAAGUUCAGCUCCGCUUCGCCACAUUCGAUCAAGAUCAAAUCAUUAGAGGAUUCAAGUAAAUGUAAAUCAAUCGCCCCUUCAAUCGGAACCUUAUCGGAUAGUUUUAAACAGAAUGAUUCACGAUCGCCAGUGACGAUCGAAGUUGCAGAGAUUGCGUCCAUCAAACCAAUCAAUAACAAACCCUACUACUGUGUAGGAGAAAAUCUAGAAUUCUUGCUGAAAGGAUCUCCGCCUUGGUUGAUCAAAUAUGAGUUCAAUGGGCACCAAUCGAAAAUCAACGUCAACUCCCAAUCACAGUCGAAGUUUUCUAGACUGGCGCAAGAACCCGGACUGUUUAAAUUAUUGGAAAUCUCUUCCUCAUCGUCCGCCAGUUCGAUAGCUUCCGGUGGUCACAACAGUCAUAACGAUAUUUGCAAUUCUAGAUUGAAUUUCGAGCGUGCUAUCAAACCUUUGCCUGUUGUUAAAAUCUCGUCUGGUCGAUAUUUCAUUGAAGAUAUCAGGGAAGGUGAUCAAUCCGAGAUAACUUUUACAUUUGAAGGAACUCCGCCUUUUGCAUUUACAUACGUGAGAACCGUAUCAGAUGACUCCGGGUCAUCUGCAUCUUCAUCGAAAAAAUCCAACGAGAAUGCUAAGAUCAAGAAGAGUGGCGGUAGCGGUGAACGGAUCUUAGAAUCCAAGACGAUCACUGAUAUCUAUGAAUACAGUUAUUCCAUAUUCACCAAGCAAGAAGGUACUUGGUCUGUUACCUUUAUUCAGGAUGCCUUCUGCUCAUUUCCUCCUUUUUCGAAAGAGUGA